GCGUGAAUAACAUCCAGACUGCCACGCUUUCGCAAGACUAUCAUUUUGUCAGACUGUCGUUUCGUAUUUUGAUUACUUCCGGGUCCAACGUUAACGUCAGGGUCCUUUCUUCACUGUGGUAGGCGCGACUUCAGCUCCACUGUCUCGAGGCCCAAGCUUGCGACCAAGUGUGGCGUAAGCUUGCUCUGAUUGGAGAUAGGCGUCUCGGUCCGUCGGUCAAUCAAGCCGUGGGGUUGGUCGCAGCCUGCCGGCACAGCGAUCGCCGACCUGCCCAGCUUCCGGGCUCUUUUCACCACCUCCGCGUCCCCUCUCUGCAUUCGUCAACCUCGUCGGUGAGGCCUUCCUGACAGGAUUGUGAUCGACCGCUUCUGCCAUCAUGGCGCUCCUACGGCCCCGUGCGCUCGCUGCGGCGUUGCUAUCGUUGUCGUCCAUGGCGUAUGCCUACACCAACUACUCGUCUGUCGACAUGAUACGAGCGCAACUAGCCCUCCUGGAAGAUCGCCCAAAGGACUGCCCGCCGUGCUUCAACUGCAACCUCCCGAUAUACUCGUGCGGCCAAUUUGCGCCAUGUAGCGAAUACAGCGGCAAAUGCAACUGCCCUGCUGGUUUUGGCGGCGACAACUGUCUCGAACCCCUUUGCGGAUCUCUAGCGCGUGGGCCAGACCGCUCGGUGCGGCAGGGCAAGUCCUGCGAAUGCGACGACGGCUGGACAGGCAUCAACUGCAACGUGUGCACAAGCGACCGCGCAUGCGAUGCCCUGACGGAAACAGGAGACGGCGGCGUCUGCUACACCGGCGGCGAGGUGGUCAAGCAGAACUACCAGAUGUGCGAUGUCACAAACAGGGCGAUUCGAGACCUCCUUGGCGCCCAGGUGCCCCAGGUUACCUUCACCUGCGAGAAGCAAUCCGGGGAGUGCGAUUUCCAGUUUUGGGUUGAUGAGCGCGAGUCGUUCAUGUGCCACUUGAACGAAUGCCAAUCAAGCGCCGACUUCGACACCUCCGGCGGGAAGAACUCGACAUCUUACAAAUGCGAGAAGAUCCGCUGCGAGUGUAUCCCCGAUCGCAUGCUCUGCGGCGAGAAUGGUUCAGUCGAUAUUAGCGACUUCCUUGUCAACAUGAUCCGCGGUCCUGCCAAGUUCGAGUGCACGCAGCAGCCCGGGGAAGAGAAGAAAUGCGCCUUCCAGGAACCGGAGAUGAACAACCUAAUCAGCGACAUAUUCGGCGACUCGAGCAUCCUGCUGACCUGUGGCGCGGGAGAGUGUCUCUACCAUACCGAGGUGCCCGGGUACGCGCCCGAAGUGCCCAGGAUCAACACGCCGCUUAUUGCUGGGGCCGUUGCCGCAUCUGCGCUGUUCCUGGUUGCUGUCAUUCUCGGUACCUGGUACCUCUCCCGAAGACAGUUCAAAUAUGGGCCGAUUCAUUUGGACGACUCGGAUGACGAAGCCAUCAAGCUCAUGACAGAUCAUAAGCCGGCGUCUCUGUACUUCCAGAAUGUCUGCUACAACCUCAACGGCAAGGACAUUUUGACGGGUAUUCAGGGCAUGGCUCACCCUGGUGAACUGACAGCCAUCAUGGGAGCUUCUGGUGCAGGGAAAACGACCUUCCUCGACAUUCUCGCGCGCAAGAACAAGCGCGGCCAUGUCUCCGGAGAAUUCUACGUCAAUGGGGAGAAGGUCAGCGAUGCAGACUAUAAGAACGCCACCGGCUUCGUCGACCAAGAGGACACCAUGCUCCCUACCCUGACCGUCCACGAGACCAUCCUCACCAGCGCCUUGCUCCGCCUGCCGCGGGACAUGACACGGGCUGCGAAGGAGCAGAGGGUGUUUGAGGUUGAGAAGCAGUUGGGUAUUUACCACAUUCGGGAUUCUCUAAUCGGGUCAGAAGAAGGCAAGGGGCGCGGUAUCUCUGGCGGAGAAAAGCGGCGCGUCAGCAUCGCCUGUGAACUUGUCACCAGCCCUUCCAUCCUCUUCCUCGACGAGCCUACCAGCGGCCUCGAUGCAUACAACGCCUACAAUGUCAUUGAAUGUCUCGUCACACUGGCCAAGACGUACAAGAGAACUGUCAUCUUCACCAUCCACCAGCCCAGAUCCAACAUUGUUGCCCUGUUCGACCGUCUCAUCCUGCUGGCUCAGGGAAAGACGGUGUACUCCGGGCCUCUCCACCAAUGCCAGGAGUACUUCGACAACAUCGGAUACAGCUGCCCUCCCGGCUUCAACAUUGCCGAUUAUCUGGUCGACCUGACGAUGCACGCUGGCUCUACCGCGUCCUUCGACGACGGCACCCUUUCGGCUGACGUGGCAAGCGUAGGUCCCAGCAGCACCAGGGCAGUCAAAUCUGUCGCCAGCAUUUCGGGCACAAGCGUAGGCGAUGACAGCCUCGUCGAAGCGUGCUCGUCUCGUCCGAAGAACAAGCGCAAGGACUCGGUGCGGCUCAAGCAGGAAAGGGAGCUUUACACCCGCCGCAAGCAUAACGUCAACACUGCCGCGUCCUCGGAUGCCGGUGAUGAGAUUGGCGCCUACAAGCUCCAAGCGACGCCACACCGUGUGCCGCCGCAUAACCUAGAUGAGCACGACGACCUGCCCCCUCCUGCUCCCACCGGCACCGACCUUGACAUUCUGGUGCGCUCCUACAUUCACUCCGACAUCGCCGGAAACACGCACGAUGAGAUUCAGCAGGCUGUUGCAGCAGCCGUCAGUAGCAACGGCCAGAAUUCCAACGGAGCUAUCGCAGAUGGCAACAUCAACAUCCCUACCAUGGGCAGGGGCUACGCCCGCGUGGGGCUCUGGCGACAGUUUGUCCUCCUUUCGCAACGCACGUGGCGGAACCUCUACCGGAACCCGAUGCUCAUGCUUACACACUACGCCAUCGCCAUUCUCCUCGCCGUUUUUGCGGGCUACCUGUUCUACGGUCUGUCAAUGGACAUUGCCGGCUUCCAGAACCGCCUCGGCCUCUUCUUCUUCGUCCUCGCCCUCUUCGGCUUUAGCACCCUCACCAGCCUGUCCGUCUUCUCCCAGGAGCGCCUCCUCUUUGUCCGCGAGCGCGCAAACGGCUACUACGCACCCGUCACCUACUUCGCCGCCAAGGUGCUGUUUGACAUUGUCCCGCUGCGCAUCAUCCCGCCCAUCCUGUUGGGCGGCAUCGUCUACCCCAUGACGGGCCUCGUCGCUGAGGUGGACAAGUUUCUGGUGUUCAUGCUCGUCUUGGUGCUAUUCAACCUCGCCGCCGCGGCUAUCUGCCUAUUUAUUGGCAUCGUCUGCAAGGACGGCGGCGUCGCGAACCUGAUUGGCAGCCUGGUCAUGCUGUUCAGCCUGCUCUUUGCGGGCCUGCUGCUGAAUCAUAAUGCAAUUCCCAAGGCCGCGCUGUGGUUGCAGUGGCUGUCCAUCUUCCACUACGGGUUUGAGGCGCUGAUUGUCAAUGAGGUCACGCAGCUGACGCUGAUUGACCACAAAAUUGGCAUCGAUAUCACGGUGCCGGGCGCCGCUAUUCUCAGCUCGUUUGGGUUUGAUAACCAGGCCAUGUGGCCUGAUAUUAUCAACCUGGGCGUGUUCGGGGCGGUGUUCAUUGUGCUGGCCUACGGAGCGAUGCAUGUGUUGCUUGUGGAGAGGCGGUGAUUUGAGUCUUGUGGGUGGAAGGGGCCCGAGAAGGAUUCAAAGGGAUGUGUUUCGGGCGUGAGAGAGGGUCAUUGGUUCUCGCGGCGGCAGUUUUGUGUUACAUGGCUGUGGGGAGAGUCUGGGUAGUUUUGAAGGUUAGGCGUUUGCGGCGCUUCCAUUGCUUUUGCAACCAGUUUCAUAUCAGGGCACCCGUCAGACAUCGUACAAGUUUCCUCAAAUGUAGAAUAAUACACUUGCAAUGCGUAUAUCAGAGGCCUUGCCUGACC